CUCCAUUUUCAUACAACAAAGAUGGAUUCCUUCAUUGGACUGCUCCAAUCAAACUCGAGCUACAUUCUGGCGGUCGCAGCAAUCGCCUUCACCUGGAUGGUGGCCCAGAAGAUGGGCGGCGGUGGUGCGCCUGGAUCUGGCAACUCGCGUGGAGCGGCCGCCUCGUGCCCGUUCGUGAACAGCGGCGCUGCUGCUGCUUCUUCCACUUCCACUGCCACGGCGACCAACACGGAAGUCGCCUCGGCCGCGGCUGGCCAGGCGCCCCCAAAGCUGAGCCCUGGACAUCCCCGUGUGACUGCUGAAGGCCGACUGAUUGCCCUCGACCCGGAGAACAAGAUUGCCUUCAAGCUCGUCAAGAAGGAGCACAUUAGCCACGACACACGCCGUUUCCGCUUUGCGCUGCAGUCGCCCGAGCACGUCCUGGGGCUGCCGAUUGGCAAGCACAUGAACCUGAGCGCCAACAUUGGCGACCAGCUCGUCGUUCGCCCGUACACGCCAACCUCGUCGGACGACGACCUCGGCUACUUUGAGCUCGUGGUCAAGGUUUACUUUAAGAACGUGCACCCCAAGUUCCCGGAAGGCGGCAAGAUGUCGCAGUACCUCGAGGGCCUGCGCAUCGGCGAUACCGUUGAUGUGAUUGGACCCAAGGGCCGCAUCACCUACCAGGGCAACGGCCGUCUCUCGGUCUGCGAAAUUAACAAGCCCGAGGCGUUCCGCCAGGCCAAGCAUUUCGGUCUGAUUGCUGGCGGCACGGGCAUCACCCCCAUGCUCCAGGUUAUUGCUGCCGUCCUCAAAAACCCCAAGGACACGACCACAUUGUCACUGCUGUUUGCCAACCAGACCGAGAACGACAUUCUCGUGCGCGACAUGCUUGAACAGUACGCCCGCGACCACCCGACCCGCUUCAAGGUCUGGUACACGCUCGACAAGGCCCCCGCCGGCUGGAAGUUCUCUGAGGGCUUUAUCAACGCCGACAUGAUUGCCGAGCAUCUCCCCGCAGCCACCCCCGACGCUCAAAUUCUCAUGUGCGGACCUCCGCCCAUGAUCAACUUUGCCUGCAUUCCCAAUCUCGAGAAGCUUGGUUUCACUGCCGAGCAGUUCCUCAAGUUUUAAAAAACAAUGUCCUGUACAAUUUGACAAUUUGAGUGUUUUUGUUGGUAACGCGAUUCAUAGAAAAAAUAAACUGCGUGAGCUUUGA